CCACCGAUACCUGGGUCCUGAAAACCUCGCGUGCAAAAAUAGCUUAAAAACUGUAGUUUCUUUUAAGAAAUGUCGAAAUAAACAUCGUUUUACGAAUUUUAAUUUAUUCAUGCCAAAGAAAGAAAGAGAGAAAGCAUAAAGCUAGAUAAGAGUUUUCCGGCUGCCAUGACCAUAGUUAUCGGGUUUGAGGGCAGUGCCAAUAAGAUUGGUAUUGGCAUUAUAAAGGAUGGCGAAGUGCUUUCCAACCCAAGAAGGACUUACAUCACCCCCCCUGGUCAAGGGUUCAUGCCGAGUGACACUGCACGACACCACCGCAGUGUUAUACUGACCGUCCUGGAGGAGGCGCUGGAGGAAGCAGGCCUCAAACCUACGGACAUCGACUGUGUGGCUUACACCAAAGGUCCGGGUAUGGGGGCUCCCCUGGUGACAGUUGCCAUUGUGGCCCGAACAGUCGCCCAGCUGUGGGGGAAGCCGCUCCUCGGUGUCAACCACUGUAUCGGACACAUAGAAAUGGGUCGACUCAUCACCAAAGCCAACAACCCCACCGUGCUGUACGUGAGUGGAGGAAACACUCAGGUUAUCGCGUACUCACAGCGGCGCUACCGAAUAUUCGGGGAGACCAUCGACAUUGCGGUUGGGAACUGUUUGGACAGGUUUGCUCGAGUCAUCAAGAUUUCUAAUGACCCCAGUCCAGGUUACAACAUAGAGCAGUUGGCCAAAAGAGGGAAACGCUACGUGGAGCUGCCAUACACAGUGAAGGGCAUGGACGUGUCCUUUUCGGGGAUUUUGUCCUACAUUGAGGAGGCUGCUAAUAAGAUGCUGAGUGCUGAUCAGUGUACGCCAGAAGAUCUGUGCUUUUCCCUUCAGGAGACGGUGUUCGCCAUGCUGGUGGAGAUCACCGAGCGGGCCAUGGCUCACUGCGGCUCCCAGGAGGUGCUCAUUGUUGGUGGCGUUGGCUGUAACUUGCGUCUCCAGGAAAUGAUGGGAGUGAUGUGUCAGGAGAGAGGAGCCAAGCUGUUUGCCACAAAUGAACGGUUCUGCAUCGACAACGGCGCGAUGAUCGCUCAGGCGGGCUGGGAGAUGUUCCGCUCUGGUCAGGUGACACAGCUAGAAGACUCGUGGAUCACACAAAGGUACAGAACAGAUGAAGUGGAGGUGACGUGGAGAGACUGACUGCAGCUCAUCUAAAAAGACAUUUCAGAAUUUUAGUGCUUAAAUGUUUCUUCUGUUCAGUUUACUGUUGAAUUAAAAGUUGGCUUUUGUCUUAAAAAAACAAAACAAACUUAAGUCUCAAAUGUAUUCACUUUUAUUAGGCAAUACUGUUCUGACUUCUCUCUUUCUCCAGUGUAAUUUUAAUGUUUCAUAGUGACGUCCCUUUGAAGCAACAUCCAGCUGCUCAGGGGCCAAAUAAAAACAGGAGCACAGCAU